AUCAAGAAUUCAUAAAUAGUUUUUUUUUGGACAUUCCUUGUAUCAUUUGAUCGAAAUAAGUUGUGAUGUGAAGUGAAGUGAAGAGAAGAAAAAACAGUGUAAAUUUUCAUCGGAAAAUAAUAAUAAUAAGAAAAUUGAAGAAAAAAAAAGAUUGAAAAUAAAGAAUUUCCAAAUCAUCAUCUUUAUCAGAAAGAAAAUCUACAGAAGAACCAUUCAAAAAUGGCAAAAAUACCAAAUGAUUCAUCGAAUUUAAUGUGUGAAUCAUGGUGGGAUGGUAUUUAUCAAUGGCCAGAAUCAAAACCUAAUACAACCGUACAGAUACCAUGUCAUAAAAUAUUUGCAUUAACAAUGGGUAAUAUUGAUGCUGAUGAUUAUGAUCGACAAACAUUAUAUGCAUUAAGACAAUGUUUACCUAAUGGCCAAUGGGGUUGGAAUAAUUGGACAAAUUAUACUGAUUGUUUAAAUCUUUUGGCAAUGCAGGAAAAAGAUUCAUCAACAACUUCACGUAUACAAGGUGUUGUUAGUUAUAUAGCAUUUUUAUUAUUAAUAGCAUCAAUGGUUUCAUUAAUCAUAUCGAUUGUAAUAUUUGUCAGUUUCAAACCAUUGAAAUGUUUACGUAUCAAAGUACAUAAGAAUCUAUGCAUAGCAUUAUUGAUGAAUUGUUGUCUAUAUAUUAUAAUGAAUUUAUUGGUUAAUAUACAAAAAUUAGACAUAUCAUCUAGUGUACCUUGGUUCUGUAAAUUAUUAAAAGCAUUUAAUAUCUAUUCAUCGAUGGCAACAAUUAAUUGGAUGUUUGUUGAAGGUUUUUUAUUCCAUAAAACAUUAUUGGCACCAUUCCAUCAGAAUACCCGCAUAUAUUUAUUUGGUUAUUAUUUUAUUGGAUGGAUAUUUCCGACAAUUUGUGUUGUUGGUUGGGCAUUAUCGGUAGAAUUUUUAUCAUCAGUACGAGAAAAACUUUGUUGGGAAGGUUUUGGUAAUAGUAAUACAAUAUUUAUCGUUAGUGUACCGAUGAUUAUUUGUGUUGCUGUUAAUUUUUUAUUUCUUAUUAAUAUUAUACGUAUUUUAUUGAUGAAAUUACGUGCUGAUAAUAAAUCGGAUAUUGUCACAAUGAAAGCUAUUAAAGCUACUGCAUUUUUAAUUCCAUUAUUGGGUAUACAUCAUCUUGUCGUAUUAUAUAAUCCAUCAACAUUUAAUCGUAAAUUGGUUAGCAUUUAUAUUGUUAUCAAUAUUAUGUUUCAAUCGGUACAAGGUAUUAUCGUAUCGGUACUAUAUUGUUUUACAAAUCAAGAGGUACGAAGUGUUUUAAAUGCCGCAUGGUCAAGAAGACGUAUGAGUUUGGCAAAUCCAUUAACAAGCGGUACAAAUGUACUACCAGGUGGCGGUAAUAAUCAAAACAAACAACAACAACAACAAAAUCGUUUACGACGUCAAAGUAAUGGAUCAAAUUCAAAUUCAUCAUUAAUUAUUAAUAAUAUUAAUCAACAACAACAACAACAACAACAACGAUUUAAUCAAGAUAAUAAUAAUCGUAAUGAACUUCAUUUGCCAUCAGCUACAAGUUCACGUUCAUCAUCACCGAUGCCAACGGGUAGAUAUUUCAACAAUAACAACAACAACAACAACAAAAACAUCAAUAAUAAUCAUCUAAAGCCACCAAAACAACAACAUUCAUCAUCAAAACGUUCAUUGAUAUCGUGA